AUGGGUUGGGGGGACGGAGAGAAAGAGGAGGGCAGCAGCAACACUGACACAUCUGGAAGUUAUUCAGAACGAGAGUAAGGGACAAAAAGAAACUAAAUGGAAACAAAAAAUGAAGGGAAGGUGAUGUGAGUGUGGAAGAGAAAAGGAGAUAGAAAAAGAGCGAAACAGAGGAUUAUUAAUACUAUUAAAAACAUCUGCUGGAGCAAACAGGGAGAUAAUAAAGAGAGGAAAAGAAGGAAACUGUAGAGGGAGAGAAGAGCCUGAGGCUAAAGUUGUGAAGACAGUGAAAACCAGCUAAGGACAUAAGCAAGAUAAGACAGUGAUAAAGAUAGGAAAUUGGGCUGGAAAGGGUCAAAGCAAUUCUGUGGAUUUUGGAUUUACAGUACUUUUCUUAGGUUGAGGAGUGUAAACAGGAAGCUUGAAGAAUUCCCUUACAACCAUCAGCUUCUUCACUUGGACUGCAUCAACACUCAGACAGGAUGUCAGUGUCACGGCGGUGUCUGUGCUGUGUGAAAUACCUCAUGUUUGUCUUCAACCUCAUCUUCUGGCUGGGAGGGUGUGGCUUGUUUGGAGUCGGUGUGUGGCUGUCAUUCAAGCAGUCUGAGUUCUCUUCCCUCCCACUCUCCUUCCCCUCCCUCUCUGCUGCCAACCUGCUCCUGGUGGCAGGAGGUGUCACCAUGAUCACGGGGUUCCUGGGCUGCCUGGGUGCCCUGAAGGAGCAGCGUUGUCUGCUGAUGACGUUCUUUGUUAUCCUUCUUGUCCUAGUAUUGACAGAAGUGACUCUGACCCUCACACUGUACAUCUUCAAGGAAGAGCUGGACACAUCAGCCCAAAAUGAGCUGAAGAGCGGAAUGAUGGAUUACACAGAAAAUGAGGGGUUGAGGAAAUCAUGGGACAAUGUGCAGAAAAUUUUUAAGUGCUGUGGAGUGACAAAUAUGACAGACUGGCACACUGUGUUGAAUGGCUCCCUCCCAGUGUCCUGCUGCGGUGGAGAAGUACCAUCCUGUUCAGAUGGAUGGCCUGACCCCUGCUAUCAAAAGGCAAGAAGCUGGCUACUGGCCAACAUCACCUCGGUCAUUAUUUUUGGAGCCUGUAUUGGCAUUGUCCAGAUUUUUGCCCUGGCUUUCUCCUUGUAUAUGUACUGCCAAAUUCUACGUGCUGAAAAAUACCUGGACUGAAGGAGGAUGAGAAAUGGGGAGGCUCAAGACUACACAGUAGAAAAUUGUACUUCGAGGUAUAUGAACUAUGUAAGAUAAGAACUAUGUAGGUGUGAUACUGCACUAAAGAGAAACUGAUGGUUGCUAAUUCUAGACAGAAAGGUUACAUGAUGGCAAUGCUUAUUGUUAGUUAAUGUUAUGUAAUCUUAGUAACAGUAAUAUUAGUUACUGCUAGUGACACAAUUUUUUUUAUAUUUGUCUGUUGUGAAACAACUGAAGUUUGCAGUGGCUUGAUGUAGUCUUGUUGGCCAUACACUACACUUCAUUGAACUCUGUUACUGUAUAUAUGUAAUCUUUUUGCACUUUCUGCAUAAAUCAAAUACUAACAAA